AUGGCGUCGGGAUCAGCAGCUCUGGCUGUCGUCGCCGUGGCCGUGGCGGCUGCGCUCCUUGCCCUGUGUGGCUCGACGGAGGCCCACGCGCAGUUCGGGGCGUACAACAAGACGUGCCCACAGGCGGAGGACAUCGUGUUCAAGGAGAUGACCGCCGUCCUCGCCAAGUCGCCCGGCCUCGCCGGAUCCAUGCUCAGGCUCUUCUCCGUCGACUGCUUCGUCGGAGGUUGUGAGGGGUCGAUACUUCUCGACUCGACGGCCAACAACACGGCAGAGAAGGACUCGCCGCUCAACAAGGGCCUCCGCGGCUACAACGUCAUCGACUCCAUCAAGGCGAAGCUCGAGGCGGCCUGCCCCGGCGUUGUCUCCUGCGCCGACGUCCUCGCCCUUGCUGCGCGUGACUCCGUGCGAAUUACCAAAGGCCCCUACAUCCCGGUCCCGACGGGACGGGAGGACGGCAAUAGAUCGUCUGCCGCCGACGUCGCCCCCAACACCCCCAAGCCGGACGCCAGCAUUACCGACCUCAUCACCUUCUUCGGGAAGUUCAACCUCACUGCCAAGGACCUUGCCGUCCUCUCCGGUGCACACACCACCGGCAAGGCUCACUGCCCCGCCUUCUCCGCCCGCCUCUACAACUUCACCGCCAGCAACAACAUCUCAGACCCCACGCUCGAUGCCAACUACACGGCCACGCUCCGCGGCCAGUGUGCGGCCGGUGACCUCGCCACCCUCGUCGACCUCGACCCCAGCAGCGACACGACGUUCGACCUUGGCUACUACAGGGGCGUCGCGGCGAGCAGGGGCCUCCUCUCCACCGACGGCGCGCUGCUCCUCAACGAGGACACCAGGGCCUACGUGACGCGCCAGGCCAACGCCACCGCGCCCGCCGAGUUCUUCGCCGACUUCGCUGCGUCCUUCAUCAACAUGAGCAAGAUCGGCGUGUUGUCGCACCAUAAGGGCCAGAUAAGGAGGCACUGCUCCGUUGUCAACCCUCUGUCCGCCUCCUCCCAGGCGCCCGUCACCAUGGGCGCGCACGCCGCUGUGCUACUUGCCAGCUCUUUCGUCUCCAUCGUCGCUCUGGCGCUUGUGCUCUAG